AGUAUAUGUUUGUGUGUCUACUGCUAAAGGCUUGGAGUGCUGAAAGGCAGAUGGAGCCCCAUAAGGGAGUCCCUUCUUUGAGCGGUCUCUGCCUUCUCUUGGUAUUAGGCCAUCUGGCUUCUCACGGUGCUGCUCAGUUGUGGUGGCCUUUUGGUGAAUCUACUGGUCCCAAAGCUACAACUGUUGCAACACCCACAAUUCCAAAAGGUCUGGAUUCUGAUGUGGUGCAGCCUUCAGAAAAGGCGGUCAGGAGCACAACUUCUCCUUGGAGCACAACGGACAUGUUUGCAGAGGACAUAACCACUUCUGAAAAAGCACUGGACUUGGCCACCUCAGCACCUGGCAGGAAACAACCCUCUCCGGACACCCGCUCUCCCUUUUCAGAACUCUUUGAGGGUAGCGCUGAGGAGCCGAAAGGCACAGAAUUCUUACAGGAGGUGCCCAAAACCUCAGUGCCUUCAGUUCACCAAACCACAGUCAGGGGAGAUUCUGUAGCAAAAAAGACGAAAGAGGAGGCUGAAAGAUCAAGCUGGCUUCCAGUGACCACAGCUGGACACCAUCAGACGGUGAUAACCAAGGAGCAAACCUCUUCCACCCUUUCCCCUAAGAGAACUGCUGCCUCCAUUCUCUGGGAGGAGUCAGAACGCUUGACACCUUCAGUUUACCAAUCCACAGUCAGUGAGGAGUCUGUGGCAAAACAGAUGAAUAAUCUUUCACAGUGUGUCUGUCCGGCAGUGUCUGGCCCUCCUGGUCCAAAGGGGGAAAAGGGAGACCCCGGCCCUCCAGGCCAGAGAGGAUUACCUGGGGAAAGGGGGCAGAUGGGUAAUCCUGGCCACCCUGGACCACCAGGACCACCAGGAUCACCCCUUCCAGGAACACCAGGAUGUGCUGGUACCAACAAUGGAAAUGACAGGCCUGAAAAGGAUGUUACCAUUCUUGAAGGACCUCCUGGCCCACCGGGUUUGCCUGGCCACCCAGGUCCCCCCGGACAUCACGGAUACCCAGGUCCUGAAGGCCCUCAAGGACCUCCUGGUCUUCCAGGGCAUGAAGGCCAGCAAGGUGCUCCAGGCCUCGCUGGUCCACCAGGCCAGCCUGGCCCACCAGGAUCUAUAGGAGCCCCAGGUAUUCCAGGGCCAGCUGGUGCAGAGGGGCCUCCAGGACCCAUGGGCCCCGAAGGACAUCCAGGUCUUCCAGGCCAUGUGGGGCCACCAGGACCACAAGGCUUUCCUGGACAGGAAGGUCCUCCAGGACAAGAAGGACCACCAGGCAAGGAUGGGUCAAAGGGUGAGAAAGGUGAGAUGGGCCCAUUGGGAUCCCCAGGAAAUCCAGGACUGAUUGGAGAAAUGGGGCCUCGAGGUCUACCCGGUCCCAUGGGUCCCCCUGGCCUACCUGGCAAGAAUCAGUGUAGCACUGACACAAGUCCUCCUGGGCCUCCAGGUCCAAAGGGUGAAAAGGGGGACCCAGGAGAACUGGAUUGUCGCAGCUGCUGUGGGGAAGGAAGAAAUGACAAACAUCUCCCUGAUUUCCCCAGCCUAUCUGACUCCUCGGGACCUUUUACUUAUCAAGAGAAUGGCAAAGGAAUCACAGAGAUAUAUGGUGCAAUUGUCGGUCAUGGCCCUCCAGGCAAUCCUGGCCUUCCUGGUCCUCCAGGCCCUCCCGGACCACCAGGUGUUCUUUAUCUCAAUAGAGUGUAUCCUGUCCCACCCAGGCCGCACUGCAAGCAGCCGCUAUCCCAGGAUCGAGCUGAGGAUUUAGAUGCUGAGCUGCCUCCGAAGGAAUCUUCCAGUGGAAACCAGUAUGGCUUUAAGCGCUCCACCUGGUUCUUCAAAUCCAAAGAGCUGAUGUACAAGUCUGCCUCUUCCAUUCCUGAAGGCAGCUUGGUCUAUGUCAGCGAAGGGAGUGAAUCUUUCUUCCGGACCCUUAAGGGAUGGACUAAGCUUAUGUUGGAGGAUUCAGAGACUUUACUGGCUGGUGAUGACCCUCUGGUGUCUACAGAAAUAAAUCAGGUCCAAAAGAAAGAAAGCCAAGCAGCAAUUCAGAAUGCGCCAGCCAGGAUCUCCAAGAGGAUUCCUUCGCUCCGUCUAAUAGCACUCAAUAUCCCUCUGACUGGUGAUAUGAAUGGGAUUGGUGGAGCCGACUUUCAGUGCUAUCGGCAGUCCCAAGAGGCAAAGCUGCGUGGAACAUUCCGGGCCUUCUUAUCCUCAUCCACUCAAAGCCUAGUCUCAAUUGUGAAGAGAACUGACAGGAAUCUGCCUGUUGUCAACCUUAAGGGCCAAUUAUUAGCAAAGAGCUGGAAUUCCCUCUUCAGUAAAGACGACGCUUCUCAUUUCAACUCCAUGAGUAUCCCCAUCUACACCUUCAGUGGACGUAAUGUCAUGAUGGAUCCUACAUGGACUUCCAAGGCCAUCUGGCAUGGCGCCAAACAACGGGGAGGCCCAUCCAGAAAUCAAGAUUGUCAAGACUGGCGAACGGCAUCCAGCCAGUCAGAAGGCCUUGCCUCACCUCCGGCUUCUGGCAAGUUCCUCGCUGAGGACGUGCAUAGCUGUGCAGAUUCCCUAAUUGUUCUCUGUGUGGAAAACACUGUCCAACAUUUACCCAUCUGAUGAGAAGCAUGGCACCAGGAUGCCAAGUAACCCCAGAAAGAUCUUGCUGCCGCCGAGAAGAGCAAAAGAGGCUUGUGCAGUAAGACACUGAAGUGCUAAGCCCAGUGUACUCAUCACUCCGUUCGAUCUUGGGAAAAGACGUUUCUGGAGACAUGCACUCUCUGUGUAGAAAUAGUACCUCAUGCCAGCCAAGUGCAAAAUGGUGUGGCUUAUUUUUGUGUUUUCAGAUCUCCUUCUGUAAAAACAUACUGUACAUGUAUUUGCAUGUGAACACUCACAUAUAUCCUGUUCUUGGCAUAGCAAAAAUGUAGCACAAGGGUGUAUUUAUACAGUAUUAAGUGGACUUUUUCUUCUGUUGAAUUUCUGCAGGGAGAACCUAAAUUUAGCAAAGAAAAGGCAGAGUCUAGGUUGCUGGCAGAGUUAGAUUUAAAUAAAUUACAGAGCUGUUAUCAGGAAGGAAAUAUAUCUGGGACAAAAAGCACCAAAUUGUUGUGCUACUGGUAUGACCUACAUUUAAAGGAUCCCUGGCAGAUGCAUUAUUCUCAUGGAAAGGGCCAAGAACGGCAGGGCUACAACUGCCUCCCUAGGCAGGUUGUUCCAUUUCUACACUGUACUUGCAUGAACUACACUGUUAUACAUUGUUCAUGAACUGUUUAUCCCAAAGGCAUUCUUGUAUAGCCCAUGGUAGUUGCAGAUAUUUGCCCACAGAGGACCUUGGCAGUUAUUUGUUCAAAACAUCCUCCCUGAAUUGCUUAUCACACAGGUUAUCUCCUCCAUUGUUUGGAAUUUUCCUGAAUGAAUAAACAAAUUACUGU